CAAGCAGCAGCUGAUUUCAUUUCAUUUGAUGAGUUUUAGUUAAAUUUUAAUGUAUAUUAUUGAAAUUAUUCAAUACUCAGGGAAAAACAGGAGUCAGGAAGUGAAAUGAAUGAUUCGGAUAGGACUGGAAGUACGGGAGCAUCGUCCGAGGCCUCCUCAAUUCUUAAAAGGAAGUCAAAUGAUGUCGGAUGGGAGUAUGGAAUGUUAAUUGAUCCGAAAAAUAUGGAUAAAAUUAAAUGUAAGUUGUGUGGUAAAAUUAUGUCUGGAGGUGUUUACAGAGUAAAAGAACACAUUGGCCACAUUUCUGGAAAUGUUUCUGCAUGUCCAAAAUCUUCUCCAACAGAUCAAGCCAAAUGUAAGAAUGCUAUUGCCGAGGCAAAGAAUAAGAGGAAAAAUAAGAAGGAGGAGGAAGAUUUGAUGAGAUCAACUGUUAAUAUCUCUGAAAGAGUGGAAGGGGAUGAUGAAGAUGAAUUGCAAGAGUUAGGUAGCAGAAAAACGUCCCAUACUCUUGGCCCUAUCGAUAAGUUUGCAAGCUCCAUCAGCCCUGAAACUUGUUUGAGUGCGAGAAUGAGCCAAAGGCAACAAACUAUUAGUGAAGCACUAUUUAAAGAGAGAACAUAGU